GGUUUUCUUCUAGCGGUUAGCGAACGGGCUAACGGGCUAGCAUUAGCCUGCUUUGUUUUGGGGAAGCCUCUCGGUCCUGCACCGCGGCACUUCUUUGCUUUCAUUUACGUCACACGUUGCUGUCUGAAGGGCCCGUGUCCUGAUGUUCUAUUAGCUAACCAUAUUUGAAUUGUAAACGUUAGAAACACUUAGUUGUCGUAUCCUCUUGGGAAGUAUCUAUGCGUGUAUCGCUGCACUUCAUCCUUCGCAGUGGUGGUAGUUUGAAUGCGGGUAUCCGACGACUUGUGUUCGCAUUCGGGACCGGGAUAGCGAAAAGGUCCUCAUGUCUGCCCCUUUGCCCGCGAAGGGGCCUGGCCUUCCUGGCAUGCCCAGCUUGCCUCCCCAGCAGCAGCCGGCCCCUCACGGCCCCCCCGCAGCCGGUCCCAGCCAGACCGCCAUGCCUCUGCGUGAGAUCUCGCCUGUCUUUCUGUGUCGCAUUGGCCAGGAGACGGUGCAGGACAUCAUCACACGCACCAUGGAGAUCUUCCAGAUAACUCGUGCCACACAGCUGCCAAACGGUGUGACGCAGAGCCAGGCCCUGUACCAGGACCGCUUCGGCAAGCUUCAGGAACACCUGCGCCAGCUGAGCCUGCUUUUCCGUAAGCUGCGGCUGCUGUAUGAGCGCUGCGUGGAGAUGACCUCUGACCUGCAGGAGGCGCCUGCGGAGCUGGUGCCCUAUGUCAGAGAAGAGGUGGCCCCCAUUCGGGUGGAACCCUGUAGCCCGGCUGUGAUCCAGGAGAGGCAGGAGGUGCUGGAGAAGGUGAGGCAGAAGAACCAGGAGAUGAAGGUGCUGAUGGACCAGAUGAGGAAUUUGUUGUGGGAUGUCAACGCCAUGUUGACCCUGAGGAAGUGAACUGCCCUCAGGCCCGACAGUACUGACAGCUUGGGUAGCACUGUCUGCCUGCCCUCGGGGUGCUGCUGUGCUAAUUUCUGGAGGACACUUUCCUUCUUACCCUCUUAUAAUGCCCUGCUGUUAUGUUGAAGCUCCCUCUUUGUGAUGAGGGUGUUUGACUGUGAGGCGCCGCCCUGGUGGUAACCGCCCAUAAGCGCAUCACGGUUGAAAAGGUCCAUCAUGGCGUUCUCAGCAAGUCAGACACGUCCACUUUGAAUAAUGUCGGCAGCUACUGUCUCAGGGACGGCGGCUGGUGUGAUGGACCAGAUGACCAGCUUACCUCAGCUGGGGGAGGGGGGGGUAGUCUCACAUCGCUCUGGCAGACCAAAGACCCGAGAGGCGGACCUGAGUGGGCCCGUGUGAUGCCUGUGUUUUUGUACCGAAAUAAAGUGUGAGUCCGUCUUUGUCUCCCGUU